GAACAAUAGAACAAGCACAUUGUACCAUCCUGCUGUUCACCACUGUCAUAGCGACCUUCGCGAUACCGUCAUCAUGCCCUCUCCACCUCUCCCAACUCCUACCCCCGACGAACUCGACGACCUCAUUUAUUUCUCUCGUACCGGUGACUUUGACUCCCUCAAAGAACUCGUAACAAACGUGUGCGCAAGCCACUCCAGUCCUCCAUCCGUCAUUCUCGCAUCGGCAAUCGAUGUCGACGAAGACGGUCUCGGCUCACAGUCAAGUCUGCUACAUUACCCUGCGGCGAACGGCAAUCUCGAGGUGGUGGAGUACUUGAUAAGCUUGCUUACACCGUCGGACUCGUUGGGUGGGAGUGUGGGGGCGACGACGGCAGAUAAGUCGGCAUCCAGUCUGGUCAACCAUCGCAAUGUCAGUGGGAAUACGCCGUUGCACUGGGCGGGCAUGAAUGGGCACCUCGAAGUGGUCAAGGCACUGGUCGGCGCAGGUGCGGAUCCCGGAAUCGCGAAUGCUGCGGGUCGGGAUGCUGUUGUUGAGAGUGAGUGCUCUGCGAAGGAUGGGGCUAGGGAGUGUGCGGAGUGGAUGUUGAGGGAGUGCGAGGGGUUGGAGAGGGGUGUCGGUGGCCAGGGCAGUGCGGGUGAAAAUGAAGCUGAAGAGGAGGUUGAUGCAGAUAUGGAUGGAAUGAUGUUGAAUACUGAAGGGGAGCAGCUGCAAGAUGACGCGAAGGAGCAGGAGACGUGAGAAGACGAAGAUAUGCGGGUCGAGAAGGAAAUAUUACGAAAGAGACAUCUGCCCAACGACUUUGCUGCUACAAGCGACAAAAAGUUCUUGCGCUCGAAUACGGGAUACGAAGCUGCUAUGAGGACAUGUUUUUUUGGGAAAAUCAACGCUCAAGUUGAAGGACAGACGACUGCCAACGAGCUGCAACUACCUUGACCAGAUGCAUCUUGCCGCCAUAAAAGACCGCAAUAACCGAGCCACAUUUUCCGGGGUUGCCACGCCUAAGUCUCGACUUCGAUGUCCCCAGGCAUCGGCUUUGACCUCGAUACUGUCAACACAAUCGGCGACCUCAUCGCAUUUUGACGAACUGUCUCAGACACAGGGUAUAUCCAGUCAGUCCGGUAGGGCAAGUCUGUCCGGUCUCUGAAUUGACAACGCAUUGUCCAUUGUGGCAGUGGCCGGUGUUUAAGCGCUGGAAAUGGAUGUCAGUUUACCUGAAUCAAGAGCCAUGUUCGGCCUAGAAAGGCUGAAAGAUACCUUGUCAAGUCUGCCAUCCCGAAUCGGUCGGAGACACGUUGACUCUUCAGUGACAUCUGCUGGUAGAGGGCUGCUGAGCGUCGACGGAAUCAGGAGCGCCAGGCUGGCGAGGAGGAUGUUGCUUAAGAGCAUGUUGGCGGAUCGAAAGUUCCUCACUGAAGGUUGGGGAAGUGCUGUUCAGAAAGUCCGACUGUUUCAAGAUGGAGAGUUCUCGCAGUCUGGUGCUUGAAGAUUAUUUUACUUCUAUGAAGGGAGCACAAGACACAAUUCUACUGCCUACUCUUUCUUUCAGAAUGCAGGACACGAGGUCGUCUUAUAUACCCUCCAACAUGUUCCAUUCAGCGCGACAUGACCAGCAUCGUCAUACCGAAUUGAACAGGAGGCCGCCCAAAACGUACGUGAGCAGCGUGAUCCAAAGUCAGCUACGACAGCCACGGCCUGGCCACGAAUGGCUUUGCAUUUUCCUACUCAGGCGUGUCUGCGGCGAGACCUUCAGUCAGCCAUUUCUGAAUACAGAUCGGGAGACGCGGAUGGAAGUCCAAUAGCCGAGAUGGCUAGCACCACGGCUGGGGUGAGUAGCCCGCAAGCCUUCCACAUGGUUGUUGCUGGGGUGUUGUGGCUUGCAUAUGCCACUUCAUGAGUGGGAAGCCAGAAUUUCGAAAAGGUGUCCAGAAAGAGGAGCUUGAGGGAAGGGCUGGCUCUUUGUGGAACCACGAAUAUGGACUGUUCUCAAAUAUGAUCGCUGCAUCGCUGCCCUCGGGAAACGGUUGCCCGCUUUUUGUAUUACUUGUCUACAGGGUUGCCUCCUCAAGUUCUGGAAUGUGUG